GUUGCCUAAUAUUUUAGUUUUGGGCACCUAUUUUUUUCAGUUUUACAUUUAUUACCAUCGUAUAAUAAUGAAAGGGUAAAUUACAAGGUUGGUCACAGUAAGUGCUAAAAAGUUCACGUUUGGUCACUAAAAGUAUUUUAUUCCAUUCGUGGUCACUAAAACUGGUUAAACGUUUCACGUUUGGUUACUCUCCGUUAAUCACCGUCAGCCUCAGUUAACACCGUCACCAUAUUGCUGACGUGACACCAUUUUUUUAACCCUCCACGUCAUAAAACCCAACCCGCCACAUCAUACAACCUAACCAAACCCAUAACUUGGUCGUUCCACAUCGACCCACGCAACCACAAAAUCCAAUGUUCAUCCUCAUCCUUCCGCCGCCAAAUCCCUUCCUCCUUCAAUCCUCCAAACAGGUCAAGAUCGAGAUAUUAUCUAAAUCCCUCCCCUACAUCCACCGAUUCGGGGGAACAAUAAUCACCGUCAAGUACGGCAACACCAUCAGGAAAGAACUGAAACUUAAGGUCCUGGUGGUGGAGAAACCAGCGACUGAAUCGCCGACUCCAGUUCUCGAGCAGGAGGUGGACGAGAAGGCCGAUGAAUCGAAGGAGGGGAGGAGCUUGUUGCAGUAGAAGCAAAUUCUACCAAGGAUUGUCCAUUGAGAUUCGAAAAUGGGGAGUUCUCGAGCUCCCAGUCCUGGAAAUAGAUCCGAAAUCCAAAUUCAGAGGUUUUCCUCUCUAUCUUUCUCAUGGUAACAUCUGAAUCCCAUCACCCCCAUCCUUUUGUUCUUGUUCGUCCAUUUAUGAGUUUUGUUUGUGUGAAACAUUGGAUUUGGGAAAUGGGGUUCGUUCUUUCUCAUGGUUGAGAGACGAUGGUCGAUCGCAGGGAAGGUUGAGCGACCACUCUAGGAGGCGCCAGUCAGGAGGAUAAGGAGUAGAACGACUUCAAGGUUGCGAUGGUGGGAAUAGGGGAUGACAGGCGGCGGCGGUGGUGUUGGGGUCAGGUCGGGUUGAUUUGGGUUGGGUUAGUAAUUGAAUUAGGUUGGGUUUUGUAAAGAGUCUGACGUGGCGGGUUAACAAUGAGUGAAUCAGCAUUUCUGUUAACCAUGUCAGCAAAAUACUGACGGUGUUAAAGGAGACUAACGGUGAUUAACGGAGAGUGACCAAAUGUGAAAUGUGUAACCACUUUCAGUGACCACAAAUGAAAUAAAAUACUUUUA